UUUCAUUCGUUGUUUGUCGAGUAAGUGGGUAAUACGGCCACCUACUCCUUUCUUCGGCAAAUGGAUAUUGUUAAAUAAGUCUUAAUUUCAAUUAAAUCGCUAUCACAAUGGAUUGGGUGAUAUCGGACGAAUUGUCUCUCACUGUGGGCACAGUUGUCGGGUGGAUCAGUGCUGGUGCUAUGAUAAUAGGAGGUGUCAUCCCUUACAUACCCCAAUACAGACAAAUUAGACGAACUAAAGACGCUGAGGGAUUCUCGUUGUUAGUAUGUCUCGCUUUGCUGGUAGCGAAUACUUUAAGGAUAAUGUUUUGGUUUGGAAGACACUUUGAAUACCCACUUUUGGUACAAAGUAUAAUAAUGAAUGUGACGAUGUUUCUCAUGAUCCAUUUGUGUGUAAAUGUUAGAAAUAAGAAUCAGCUGGUUCAGGCAAGGCAGAGGAUUUUCACAGCCAAACCUCAAGAAGUUAAGAGAUUGCUAAAUUCAAAGCCUCCCCGUUCUUCCCGCAGUUUUUGUGAUUUCAACGCUAAGUACUUUUGGAAUUGGACUGAUUUUCAAUCGUACCUGGAUUGUAUUCUUAUCUUCACCAUAGCAGCUUCGUUGAUGAUGUACAUAUUUAUAGACUACAUGAUUUUCGUCGAAACCGUUGGUUUUCUAGCCCUAUCUACAGAAGCUAUGCUAGGAACGCCUCAAUUAAUGAAGAAUUAUCGAAACAAAUCGACAGAAGGAAUGAGUAUAAUGAUGGUGGUGAUGUGGACAUGCGGGGACAUAUUUAAGACAACGUAUUUCCUAGUUCGCGACGCUCCCGUGCAGUUUUGGGUGUGCGGUUCGGUCCAAGUGACAGUCGAUUUGCUGAUAUUGCUGCAAGUGUUCGUGUACAAGGGGCAACCGACGCCGGCGCGGGUCCCCCGGGCUAACCCCCAUCGGGUGGAUUGAGUAGUUAUCAUUUGGACGGAGGACGAGAAGCACCGCAGGGAAACGGGCGGCGCCGACGCGGCGCCCAGGAAGGAAUCGGACGCGGAUAACGCGAGAAACGGUAACGGGGACGCUCUAUUGGAGUACGGUGAUUCGUGCAAAACCAGCGACAAUUCGAUUAAUUUGAAGGCGAAUGUUAGUAUAAACUGUACGACUAGCGUGGAGGUGCAUACGGAGAAUUGUUGCGUCGUAACUAGUAAGGCUGUUAGUAAGGAUAGUAUCGUAGAAACGGUAAAUAAUAGGGAGAGACUAGUGGUGAAUGGUGUUAAUGCGAAUAGACCUUCUCAGCAGGUUUCCUAUAAGGAGCGUGCUAGGAACAAAGUCAAUAAGCUUAUUCAUAGACAUACGUUAUGACAUUUGCUUUUAGCUUCCAUACGGUAUUUUUAAAGGUAGCGCUUCCUUUUUCUUCUUCCUUUCUUCUAUCACUUUGAAAAAAUAGAUAUUUUCCAAUUUCUUCCAACGGUUUUUUACUUUUUAUUGCAGUACUAUAAACCGAACUAUUGUAUUUCAUGGAUAAAUCCGACUUAUCAAUGUUGCCUAACUAGUGAUGAAAAUAGGCAUUUUUCUAAUUAUGAGACCAUUUAUAACAUCAGAAAUGUUUUCUACAUUGAUAGUAAACAAUAUCUUAAUUCGAUGACAUUUUUUUUAAUUAAAGGUAUUUAGAAAAUUUAUUUUUUAUAAAAUCGACUUGAUUCAUUGUGACUGUACUAUAUUUUAUUAACAAAAAAUUUAAAUCAAGAGAUUAGAAGGUAUAAUUUAAGUGCGAUGGCGAAAUUUCCUAGAAUCCCUUAUCUUCCACUUACAAUUGAGUAUUAAUACGUUGAGAUUGCAAUAAGAGCGAAGUAUUAUUUUAUGAAUAAGCAAUAUUGAUUUUUUUCUUUAUAAAUGCAUCAUUCAUUAGUGUCGAACAAACUUGUAUUUACUGAAUAGUAAAUCUUUCGGUAGUUUUGUAUUUAAUCACAGCCAGCUUCGUUGAAAACUGCAUAUUUUAUUCAAAUAUAAAUCUACGGUUAUUUUAGAUUUCUUUGGAUGGUGUGCUUAAUGAAUUACAAAAUUGCUGUGAGUUUUAAAGAAUUUAUGUUUUAGUCUAGUCAUAUAGAAGUUCCUUAAAAUCGAUUUCUCAAUAAUUAAGCACAUCAUCAAAUUAUUUAAUUAUGUGAAUUACAAAUCUAACAAAAGUUACCAUUAAUACGUGCCACAUUUAUGAAUUAGUUGUGUGAUUACCACUUUUUUAUUUUUGUUAUUUGUUAUAAGUGUGAAUUAGACAAUUUAUUGUAGUUGAAAAGUAACAUUUCAGUCCCAUAAAAAUACAUGGGAAAUACGUAGCUGUAAAAGAUUGUCCAUAUUUAGCUUUUCAAUGGAUUGGAAUGCUUUAUGAGUAUUACUAAAACAACGGUUUGUUGAAGACACCGAGUGAGAAAAUAUGAUGAAUGUAUUUUAUUUUAAUUAUACUUCCAAUAUAAUUAAGUAUUUUGUUAUAUAUGUAGUAGAGUUAUCAGGACAUUCACUAUCUUUAUUUUAGCGUAAAAAGAUGGUGAAUAUCUCUGCAUACUGAAAAUGGGAAACAAAUUAAUAUACUUAAGUAUUCAUGACAGUUGAAGAUUAUUUAAAAAAGACAUUGACACUUCGAGCUUCAGAUUUCAUCAAGCUUUGUUUUUACCUUGUACCUAAUUUAAACAUUGUAAUUUUGAUACUGUGUUCGAAAUUGUACAAAAUUAAAUAAAGAGAAAAUUGUUAAUUCGGAACGUGUAAAAUUUAAAACAAAAAACAUACAAAAGCAUAAAACAAAAAUCUUCUUCAUCGUAUAUUCUUAGUUCUUGGCCUCAUCUGCCAGGACUAUUCGGCCAAAGUAAACGCUUCUUCUUCUUCUUAAGUUUUUGGCUGUCAGGGCUAUUC